AAAAGAGAAUCAUGUCAAAGUUGAACUUGACAGAAGACCCUUACCUCCUUAGCAAAGGGCUAGUAAUAUGUCGGGGUAUCCAUCCUCCACACACCUUUGGUAUUUUUUCAGGAGAAAAUCCAUUGGAGUUUUCUUUUUCCCUUGUCUUGUUAGAGAUAUCAACCAUCAUUGCCAUCUCUCGUUUCAUUCGUUAUCUUCUCAAGCCUCUCCGCCAGCCAAGAAUCAUUUCUGAGCUUCUAGGUGGAAUAAUCAUAGGCCCAUCUGUUUUGAGCCGAAGCAAGGGAUUUCGCAACUUUAUCUUUCCGGAUACUGCUGAUUAUGCACUCAAAAAUAUUGGACUCAUUGGUUUUAUGUAUUUUCUUUUCAUAUCUGGUGUAAAGACAGAUUUGACACAGAUAAAGAAUGUUGGCAAGAAACAAUGGUACAUAGCCAUAUUUGGGGUGUCCAUUCCCAUGUUAUGUAGUCUUUUUAUUGGAUUAGCUCUUCAAAAAUCAAUGGAAAAAGAAUUAGCCAAAGCUUCAUCCAUGUUAGGAGUAACGUCAGAAUUGGCAAUCACGGCUUUCCCAGUUAUCUAUCCAAUUAUCAGAGAGCUUAAUCUCCUUAGCUCCGAAAUUGGAAGAAUGUCACUAUCCACUGCCUUAAUAAGUGAUAUAAUUGGAAUUCAAUUUGUUGUUAUAUUUGAGGCAGCUAAACAAGGGGAGCAUAAAAGUAUGGCUGCCUUGUGGUUUCUCAUUUAUUCAUUUUUGAUUGGAGCAUCCAUUUUUGGAGGUGUUAGACAGAUUAUGAUAUGGAUAAUAAAAGCAACCCCGGAAGGGAAGUCAGUGGAGCAAAUUUAUGUUGUUUUCAUACUCUUGGGAGUAUUGCUUACUGGUUUCUUAUGUGAUUUGGGUGGUAUUGCAGUGGCUAAUGGACCACUUUGGUUGGGACUCGCCAUUCCAGAUGGCCCACCAUUAGGAGCUACAUUGGUCGAAAAGACAGAGACAAUUGUCAUGGACAUUCUCAUGCCAUUUUCAUUUGCAUAUGUUGGAAUGUUCACUGAUAUUUCAUCUAUCUAUACUCAUUGGCCACAUCUUCAGCCUAUAUUUUUUAUGGCUCUCACAGCUUAUCUUGUUAAAAUGGUUACUGUCCUCUUUACUUCCUAUUUUUUUAAUAUGCCAUUCAGAGAUUGUCUUGCUCUUAGCCUUGUAUUGAGCCUAAGAGGUGAAGUUGAGCUUUUGAUCUUCAUUCACUGGAUGGAUUUGAAGAUGAUAACGAGACCAUAUUUCACAAUGCUAGUGCUAAUGACAAUUGGGGUGACAUCUAUUGUGACUCCCUUGAUCAGUAUGGUUUAUGAUCCAACGAGGCCUUAUAUGAUUAACACAAGAAGAAACAUUCAACAUACUUCUUUAAACACUGAGUUGAACAUUAUAGCUUGUAUACAUGACGAGGAAAAUGUGCCUGGUAUAAUAAAUAUUCUAUUUGAAGUCUCUAAUUCAACUGCUCCUAGGACUUCCAUGGUUCAUGCCUUGCACCUAAUGGAACUAGUUGGUCGUGCUGCCCCUAUUUUUAUCGAUCACCAAGAAUCGGUAAAUAUAGAUCAAAAUCCAAUCCAUAAUGCAUUGAAGCAUUUUGGUGGAGAAAAUAUCACGAUUAAUUCGUAUACAUCAUAUUCUCCUAAGAGGAGCAUGUAUCAAGACAUAUGCAAGUUGGCACUAGAGAAGAAAGCCUCCAUUAUUAUACUUCCCUUCUAUAAAGGCACUCAAGUACUAACAAGACAAGGGGUUCAAUUAGUGAACUCUAAUGUCUUAAACCAUGCUCCUUGCUCAGUUGGGAUUUAUGUGGACCAGGGUGCUUCCCCUACUAGUAAUAAUUAUAAUGUAGGUAGACGGUCAUCAAUUAACAAAUUUGCUCUACUUUUUAUGGGAGGAUCAGAUGCUAGGGAGGCACUUUCUUAUGCUGAUAGAAUUGCUGCAAAUCCAGAUGUAUCACUUACUGCUAUUCGUUUCCUUUCCCAUAAUGGUGAAGGGGAUAACGAGAUGGAGAAGAAAUUAGAUGAUGGUCUUGUAACAUGGUUUUGGGUGAAGAAUGAAGGUAAUGAAAAAGUUGUGUAUAGGGAAGUUGUGGUGAAGAAUGGGGAGGAUACAAUCGCAGCACUUCACACAUUGCAGAAUGAAGAAUUCUUUGAUCUUUGGAUACUUGGGAGAAAUCAAGGCAUAAAUCCUGUGCUAUUACAGGGAUUAACACAUUGGAGUGCUCAAAAUGAACUAGGAGUUAUAGGAGACUUUCUUGUCUCAAUGAAUUCAGGUACCACAACUUCUAUUUUAGUGAUGCAACAACAAAUUUUAAGAGGCCAAGAACCCACUUCUCUUGGUUUUCUAAAAAAAAUUGCAACUUGUCGAUAG